AUGAUAGCUGCAGGAAAAUUUUCAAGUCUUCCCGGAAAUGGCCCAGUGAACCACCAGUUCUCAUUAGCUUCUUCCAUGGACCUUUUGACCACUAAACCUUCGCCAACUGAGCAUCGCUCAGACUCCUUUCAAGACAUCUCUAUCCAUGGCACUCUCCCCAGGAAGAAAAAGGGGGCAAUUCCCACUAGGUCUUGUGAUAUGUUUAGCCAUAUGGGAACAUUGCCAUACACCAGGACGCACCGGCAGCAGCCACCUUUUGUACAGGAUGUUAUAGAAGAGUACCCUCCGCAAAAUGGGAAGAGCCACAAACUCCAUGCCAGAGAUCAGAAUAUUCUGGAUCCUACUUUGGAAUAUGUUAAGUUUUCUAGGGAGCGGCAAGUUAUGGACAACAGCCCAGAAAAACUGAAGAAGGAGUUAGAGGAAGAACUGCAGCUAAGUAGUGAGGACUUGCGUAGCCAUGCCUGGUACCAUGGACGUAUUCCUCGGCAGGUGGCAGAAAGCCUAGUUCAGAGAGAUGGAGACUUUCUCAUUAGGGAUUCUCUCUCCAGUCCUGGGAACUUUGUUCUUACCUGUCAGUGGAAAAAUACCUCUCAGCAUUUUAAAAUCAACAGAACAGUUCUAAGACUCAAUGAAGCCUACUGCCGUGUUCAGUAUCAGUUUGAACUCGAAAGUUUCGACAGUAUCCCCGGCUUGGUUAGAUACUAUGUUGGGAAUCGCACACCAAUAUCAAAGCAGAGUGGAGCAAUUAUUUUUCAGCCCGUCAACAGGACUGUGCCUCUCAGGUGUCUAGAAGAAAAGUACGGUGUAACUCCAGUCCGGCAAAAAGAGCCAAGUAUCCCUGAAGGAAAAGCAGAAACUGCCAAAAGGCUGAGUCUUGGUAUAUCCAGCAUGCAGUCCCCGGAGCAUAGCAUACCCAGAGGAAAUCUUUUGAGAAACAAAGACAAAAGUGGUAGCCAGCCAGCUAGUUUGGAUCAUGUUCUGGAGAAGAGAUUCCCGUUAAAGGCUCACCAGUCAGAGAGCUAUCUGCUGAUAGGUUCAAGACAUCCAUCUCGAUUACCUGAAGCAGAUGCAGACUCUUGCCCAAACUCUCCGGCAUUUAGAACAGGCAGUGAACCUUCUCUAAGCCCCACAGUUGUUCAGAAAGUCACCCCUGAGUCACAAGUAGGGGAAGCUCUUAGAGGAUCAGACAGUCAGCUCUGUCCGAAGCCUCCACCUAAACCCAGCAAAGCACCCCUGAUGAAGCCUCCGGAUUCUCCGUUGGCUUCCCACAGUUCGGAAGGCCACUAUUGUGAACUGAGCCCUGCCAGGGAUCCUGCAGUGACAAAACAACGUUUAUGUCAGAAAGCCAGCUAUGUGGAACAUCUGACGCGAAAGGAGAGGGGAACGCACUCAUUCAGGAACUCUGAAACAAACUAUUUGAUCCUGGAAGAUGACCUGACAGCGAACUCUGCAGAUCCUUUAGAAGCUUCAGCUGAGAUGGCUGAAGACGACAGCAUCUUUUCUGCACCUGUUUUUGAGACGGUGUCUAGUUUCAAACCCAAUGAUUUUGACUCCAAACUACUUCCUCCUGAAAACAAGCCAUUGGAAACAUCAAUGUUAAGAAGAGUUAAGGAGCUUUUCACCAACAACAAUCCAAAAAUUAUUGCACAGCAUAUUCUUAGAAUGGACUGCAAGGUGGCGAGGAUACUAGAAGUUUCUGAAGAGAUGAGGAGGAGUAUGGGAGUGAACUCUGGUCUUGAACUGAUUACCUUGCCUUACGGACAUCAACUGCGCCUUGACCUGAUUGAAAGGCACAAUACCAUGGCAAUAGGAAUAGCUGUGGAUAUCUUGGGUUGCACAGGAAGUCUCGAAGAUAGGGCAGCAACGUUAAACAGGAUCAUCCAGGUCGCCGUGGAGCUGAAGGACUCGCUGGGGGAUCUGUAUGCAUUUUCUGCCAUUAUGAAAGCGCUGGAAAUGCCACAGGUCACGAGGUUAGAACAAACCUGGACCUCUUUAAGACAUCAUUAUACCCAGACUGCGAUUACGUAUGAAAAACAGCUGAAGCCGUUCAGCAAAGCUUUGCAUGAAGGACAAGACGAGUGGAACAAGACGGUCAGUGCUCCACAGAACGACGUGACAGUGCCCCUGCUGAUGCCUCUCAUCACCCUGAUGGAGCGACAGGCCGUCGUUUUUGAAGGCGUGGACCUGUGGGAAAGCACUGACCAAAGCUGCGAAAUAAUGCUGAAGCACUUGGCCGCAGCUCGCCAGAUGGCACAGGACGCGGCGCUGUACAGCUCGGCGGCGGAGCGGCUGCUGGCAGGUUUCCAGCCAGAUGAAGAGAUGAGCGAGAUCUUCAAGACAGAAUUUCAAAUGAGAUUGCUCUGGGGCAGCAAAGGAGCCCAAGUUAAUCAAAGUGAAAGAUACGAGAAAUUCAGCCAGAUUUUAACUGCACUUUCACGAAAACUGGAACCUCCUCCAGUGAAGCAGGUGGAACUAUUAAGUAUAUAAGACUCUGUCACCACUCUUUAAAUGAUAUACUUGAAAUAGCCCUAGCUUUUGGAUGGCAGUUUGGUACUGCACAAACUUCCUGCGUUUCACACGAUGUUUAGAACUUUUAACUGCACAAUGCACACUUCUGUUAAAACUACUGAUGAUUACGAAGCAAAGAAUUAUUUAUUUACUGUGUCACCAAGUCAUUUAAUAAUCCCUUU